AUGGUUAAUUAUGAUAAUUUUGUCUCUGGUCAAAAUAUUAGCAGUCAAGAAUCACAUUCAAAUGAAAUAAUGCAAACGAACGACGACGAGGACUCCUUUAAUCGAUGGUUCGAUGAACUUCCUUCAAUAGCACUUUCUACAGAAACACCUAACACCAAUCAUUCAGAGUGCAAUAAUAUUAAUAAUUCUGAUACAAGUAUUAUAAAUAUGAAUAAUGAUACAUAUCAAGAAGUCGAUGCCGUUGAUGGGAAUAUGGAUUGCAAUGAAAUCGUAAAUAAUCAAUCUGUGGAUAAUUGCUCGAAUGAACAAAUCCCAGCUGAUGAUGAUUUAUCUUGUGAAUGUAGUAGUAAUAUUCCAAUGGUGCCUGAUCAAGCUCUUCAAAUGGUCUGCUCAGAUCCUUCGGUACAAAAUAAUAAUAAUAAUUUAUCUCAAUUGAUAUCGUCAUCAUCAUUCUCAAUAAUUUCUGAAACAAUGGAACUUACUGAUUCGACAUUAACUACAGCAAUUACAAAUGAUUCAAAUCAAUCUAGUCAUACAGCACUGAUAACAUCAUCUCUUGAUCCAUCACUAAAUCAAACAGAUAAUAUAACUGAUUUUAAUAGUUCUUAUUGUAAAUAUAGUGAUCUUGAUCGUCCAGCUAUUGCAAAAUUAUAUGAAUUCAAUCUUCAACACCCAUCAGCAUCUGAUCUUCGAGAACCGAUUCUAUUAAAUACAAAAUCAUUGGCUAUUAUAUCAUGGACUAAUGUUUCCAAAGACGUUGUGAUGGAUUAUAUUAAACAAGAAUUUAAAAAAAAAUUUCAAUAUAUUUGUAUUAGCGAAGAAAUAAAUGAAUUAAAUCAUCAAACUCAUUUGUACAUACAAAUUAUCUUUAAAAAUAAAAUUAAUAGAAAAACACGUUUGCUUGAUCAAAUUACACAAACAUACUGCAAUUAUAAAGUCACCGACUACAUUUCGGCAUGGAAUGGUUAUAUUAAAAAAGAUCUAUAUUGCCUCGAAAUUGGUCAAUUUCCAACAAAAAUACGUGGAUAUAAACAGAAUCCACCAUCAGAAGUAACAGAAAAACAAAAAGCCACAAGAAAAAAAGCAAUAAAAGCAAAAUCAACCACCAAAAAGGGAGCCAAAACAAAAGCAACAACAAGACAAACAGCUGCAUCUUGUAUUUCAAUUCCAAUUGAUUAG